UGUACUCUCACUAGCUCCGUCAACCACAAGCAAUUAUAUGCGUCUCUCAUCUAUCCUUCCUAUGUAUGAUUUUUCUUUAAAUAUCCAGUCUUUAUAUAACCCCCCACUCCAUAAAUUUCAUUCUUGUUUAUCCUUAAUCUUUUCAAAAAAUAAUUAUUUAAAAAAAAAUUAUUUAUGGUAAUGGGAAAUGUUGUCGGAGUUUUUGUCUUGUUUUUGUGUCUGGGUUUUGUAUCGCCGGGUUUUUGUACGGCUGAGAGUUUGUGGUUAAAAGAUCGGGUGAUGGGUGCGGUGAAUGAUAGCCGGACGGUGGAGUGGAUGAGGAGGGUAAGAAGGGAAAUUCACAGGAACCCGGAGCUUGCGUACGAGGAAUUUGCCACGAGUGCGCUUGUGAGGGAGGAGCUGGACCGGAUGGGAGUUAAGUACCGGUGGCCGGUGGCCAAGACCGGCGUCGUCGCCACCAUCGGCUCCGGUUCUCCGCCGUUUGUCGCGGUCAGGGCCGACCUCGACGCUUUGCCCAUUCAGGAAAUGGUGGAGUGGGAGCACAAGAGCCAAGUUGAAGGCAAAAUGCAUGCUUGUGGACAUGAUGUACAUACUGCUAUGCUUUUAGGUGCUGCAAAGAUUCUUCACCAACUAGAGCACGAUUUACAGGGAACCGUGGUGUUAAUAUUUCAACCGGCGGAGGAACGGGGAGUGGGGGCAAAAGACAUGAUAGCAGAAGGGGUGCUGGAAAACGUGGAAGCCAUUUUCGGACUACAUGUCGUCCACAACUAUCCUACCGGCGUGUUUGCGUCGCGCCCCGGCCAGUUCCUCGCCGGCUGCGGCAGUUUCAAAGCCACCAUCAAAGGGAAAGGCGGCCACGCCGCCUUGCCACAGGAGUCCGUCGAUCCAAUCUUGGCUGCUUCCACUUCUGUCAUUAGUCUGCAAAGCAUUGUGUCAAGGGAAACUGACCCUUUGGAUUCACAAGUUGUUUCGGUGGCCAUGAUUCAAGGAGGGUCUGCUUUCAAUGUCAUCCCGGACUCCGCCACCAUUUCUGGCACUUACCGUGCUUUCAGCAAGAAGAGCUUCUACGCACUCAGGAAAAGAAUAGAAGAGAUUGUAAGGGCUCAGGCUGCUGUGCAUAGAUGCACGGUGGAGAUUGACUUCGAGGGGACGGAGCAUCCGACGCUGCCGCCGACGAUCAACGACCGGAGAAUCUACGAACAUGCCCGGAAGGUUUCGAGGUUGCUGGUGGGAGAAGAUGGGUUCCAGCUAGCUCCAAACUACAUGGGAAGCGAGGAUUUUGCAGUGUACUUGGACAAAGUUCCGGGAUCAUUCUUCCUAUUGGGGACAAGAAACAAGAAAACAAAAUCCAUUUAUCCUCCCCACAAUCCUUAUUUUAGCAUCGACGAGGAUGUUCUGCCUAUUGGGGCUGCGAUGCACGCCAUGUUUGCGUAUUCUUACCUCUCCAAUUCCAGUCAUCAUAUCACCAUUUCUUCAUCCAAGUAGUAGCUAGAGUAACCCCACCCAGCCUUAGCUAGAAUUAAUUGAAGUAGAGAUUUAAUUUUCUUCUUCUUCGUGGGGUAAUUAAUUAAGAUCAUAAGAUGAAGUUAAUUAUUUGUUGCAAUUAAUAUUUUACCUCUUGAUUUGUACAAAUGCCAUUGCCUUAGCUUUCA